CACAACACCAUACGACUUCCAAAACACCAAGUAGACGUCAAUCAUGGUGUCCGCCGUGUCGAAUGACAACUCCCUUCAGCGGCUAUAUGCCCUAGUAGGCGAACUCGGUGAGCAAUUGGCAGCCAACCGCGAGGCCACGGCUAUGUUACGGGCGGAAGCGGAUGCGUUGAGGUCUGAACUAGCGGACCCCGCUACUACGAAUGGACAUGUGUUCCCUGGAGUAAACGGAGUUGAAGGCGCAGAACCACAAGACAACGGCGAACUCGUCCGCGAACGAACAGUCCUCCAACAAGAGAACCGAACCCUCCGCAAAGAAAACGACGACCUCCUUCGUCUAGCCGGACAAUACGAAACCGGGAUGGAAAUCAUGGUCGCGAAGUUACGAGAGUACGCUCACAACGCAAACGAGACAAUUCUCGGUCUUCAUCGAGAUUAUCGGGAGCAGUUGGCAAAGGCACGGCAGGAGAACACGGAGUUUCAACAACAGGCCAUGCAGGAUCAGGAAAGAAUCUCUGCGAUUGGGAAUAUGCUACGGCAUGCGUAUGCUGAGGAGACGAGAGUGGAUCCGGAUAUCGUGAUUGAGACGCUGCAGGUCGAAAACAUGGGAUUGAGAGAAAUCCUGGGCUUCGUCGGUGACGAUGGGCAAUUUUAGAGUGCUGUAUGCGCAGGUUGUCGUAGAAUCAUUGGGAUACGGCGUUUGGUUUGGGCGUCCGAAAGGGUCGCUUCUUGAUUUUCUAUACCCAGGAUCUAGGAAUAUUACUGUGCCCGCACAGCCUUUGUCGUCUUUGCGAAGAUCUUGC